UUUGGCACUGCUGAUGGACAGGUUAUCGUCAUGGACUGCCAUGGCCGAAUGCUGGCUCAUGUACUCCUUCACGAGUCAGAUGGCAUCCUGAGCAUGUCCUGGAACUACCCCAGCUUCCUGGUGGAGGACAGCAGUGAGAGUGACACGGACUCUGACGACUAUUCCCCACCACAAGAUGGACCAGCUGCAUAUCCAGUCCCGGUGCAGAACACCAAGCCGCUACUUACUGUCAGCUUCACGUCAGGAGACAUCAGUUUAAUGAACAAUUAUGAUGACUUGUCUCCUAUUAUCAUCCGCUCAGGGUUGAAAGAUGUGGUGGUACAGUGGUGUACACAAGGAGACCUACUAGCAGUAGCAGGGAUGGAGAAGCAAAGCCAGCUGGUUGACCUUGGCAAUGGAUCCCUGUUGAAAAGCGCGCUUGUCAAGUUCUACAAUGUGCGCGGGGAACAUAUCUACACUCUGGAGACACCUGUGCAGCGUCCCAUCAUCUCGAUCUGUUGGGGUCACAGGGAUUCACGCCUGCUGAUGGCUUCCGGACCUGCAUUAUAUGUUGUCAGAGUCGAGCACAGGGUCUCCAGUCUGCAGCUGCUGUGCCAGCAGACCAUUGCUAGCUGUCUGCGGGAUGACAAGGAUAUCAGCAAACUGACCCUGCCCCCUCGGCUCUGCUCAUACCUCACCACUGCCUUUAUACCAACAAUCAAGCCUCCUAUCCCAGACCCAAACAAUAUGAGAGAUUUUGUCAGCUACCCAACAGCUGGCAAUGAACGGCUUCACUGCACGAUGAAGCGGACAGAAGAUGACCCAGAAGUCGGUGGUCCAUGUUAUACUCUGUACCUGGAAUACCUUGGAGGACUGGUGCCUAUCCUGAAAGGACGUCGUAUCAGCAAGUUGCGGCCAGAGUUUGUCAUCAUGGAUCCUAAAACAGAUGGAAAAGCAGAUGAAAUCUAUGGAAACAGCUUGAUUUCCACUGUGAUUGACAGCUGCAACUGCUCGGACUCCAGCGAUAUUGAGCUGAGUGAUGACUGGGCAGCAAAGAAAUCUCCCAAAAUCAGUCGAGCUAGCAAAUCACCCAAACUCCCCAGAAUCAAUAUAGAAGCUCGGAAAUCUCCGAAGAUGUCACGAGCUGCACAGGAGAUAUCAAGAUCGCCGAGGUUACCAAUAAGGAAACCUUCUAUUGGUUCACCAAGCCUAACCCGAAGAGAGUUCCCUUUAGAAGAUAUUACUCAGCACAACUACCUUGCUCAGGUCACGUCUAAUAUCUGGGGAACGAAAUUUAAAAUUGUGGGUUUGGCUGCUUUCCUACCAACUAACCUUGGUGCAGUAAUAUAUAAAACCAGUUUGCUGCAUCUUCAGCCCAGGCAGAUGACUAUAUAUCUCCCAGAAGUGCGGAAGAUUUCAAUGGACUACAUUAACCUGCCUGUCUUUAAUCCAAAUGUUUUCAGCGAAGACGAAGAUGAUUUACCAGUGCCCGGCGCCCCCGGUGCCCCUGCCAGCAGCCCGCCGUGCACCGUCAACAUCCCC